CACGAUUCCAUGCUUGGUGUUGCUUAACCAAGGAUGGUUCCUGGAUUAUCGUGCCAGUCUAUAAUCGAUCGACUCUUCAGCCACCCACAGCCUCUGCUAGUGGAUAAGAUGUGCUCCAAUAUGGCGCCAAACACCAUGCACAACAACCUAUAUAAUCCCGAUUGAUUCCAUCCCAAGUUGGCUUCAUUACAACACAUCACAACAUCUUCUUUACAAUACUUCGCAGUCAUGGGUCUCAGCUAUAGUCACGGCAUCUCCGUUCUGGAGUUGAUCAUAUACCUUCCAUCUUUCUUUCUUGCAGCAUUUCUAGUCUUUCGGCAUGGUUUGAAGACGAAUGCCGGCGCUCUAUUCCUCGUCAUCUUUACAUUAGUUCGCAUCAUCGGUGCAUGCUGCGAUCUUGCGACUAUCAGCCAUGCCUCAACCGGUUUAUACCAAGCAACCGCGAUUUGCAGCUCUAUUGGACUCUCUCCCUUGAUUAUGGCCUGCAGUGGCCUUUUAUCUCGAGCCAACGAGUCAAUCAAACGAAAAGGCGGUUCCCCCAUCAACGAAGUCUUCUUCACAGCACUUCGCAUCUUGACCAUCGUCGGCCUGAUCCUCUGUAUCGUGGCAUUGUCUCGCGGCCUGACCGUCGAAUCGCUACAACACCCCGACGUAAAGAUCAAAAUCGGCAUGAUCCUUUUCCUCGUCGCUUGGGCGAUGUUGUGUUUCCUCCUUGCCAUCUUGACUCUUCAUCGCUCCCAGAUUGAGAAGGGCGAACACCGCUUACUGCUGGCCGUGGCUAUCUCGGCCGUGCUCAUCCUCGUGCGUCUCAUCUAUUCGAUGUUGGCUUGGUUCUUGGCAAACUCGACUUUCAAUAUCUUGAAUGGAAACAUGACAGUGCAGCUGGUUAUGUCGGUCCUGGAAGAAUUUGGUGUCGUCAUUGUUUGCAUUGCGGUUGGUUUGACACUACGAGUUGGCGCGCCUAUUGAGGAAGAAAAAAUACAGCACGCUCCCUUGGCCCCGGAGGGUCCUGGGUACUGGAGAAAUAACGUGACAUUGGAGGCCCAGAGAUAUUGACGAGUACGGCAUGUUUGCAUUGAAUGAUACCUUAUAGACUGUUUUGAUUUUUAUGAUUUUCGUAUUAGUUAUGAAGGGAACGAUAUGGGAUUUAGUAAUACUAUAUGACUCUAUCAGCCAAUACUACUAUAUAUCAU